AUGCUGCCGUACACCGUGGUCGACCAAGUCGCAGGCCCUGGUGGACGCUGGCUCGCACCUGGGCCGCCGCCGCCUGCGCCCGCCUCGCCGACCCCGACCUCCGACGUGCCCUCCCUCUUCACCGCCUUUCGCCGCUCGUACCCACAGCGCUCGGUGCACGACAGCUUCGUGUGGAUCGAGGUGCACUCGCACGCCCUGCUGCGAUCGCUUAAGGCCGUGUUUCCCUCGCUCGCGAGCCUGUACGACUCGUCGCCGGGGAUCGAUGCACGAGCCGUCUGGGUCCAGCGCGGCAAGCUGCGAGCUUCUGCGGCCGAGGCGAGCCGAGCGACCCUCCUCGAGCUCAGCGCGAGUGCGCGCGGCCACGACUCGCUCGACCCCGUCACCGUCCUGCUCGGCUUCCUGGACGACCUCUUCGCUCCCGACUUCCGCAUCCUCGCGACGUACCCGCCCGGGCACGCGUCGUGGCACCUGCUGUGGACAUUCUUCGAGCUCGGUAUGGAGGUCGAGGCUCAUCACGACGUGACAGGCGAGCCGAUCGCGCUCGUCCUCGACGAGUGGGAGUAUGCGCAAGAGGCAAUGGGCCGGUCGUUCAUCGUGCGCUGUCACGGGUACCAGUGGACCGGCGUCAGCUAUCAUCGGGUACACGUCACGCGCCGGAUCGCCGAGUUCCAGGACCUGCGCAGCGUCUCGACUCUGCCCGUGCUACCUCUCUGCGACGAGUCGAGAAGCCUGCUUCAAGAGCGCGGUCAACGGUACUUGAGCUACGUGACGCGGCCACACGCAGACUACGAGGGCGUCUUCUGCACUCGGGCGUUUAGCGGAGCCUCUCGACUUCUCGGCAACGGUCAAGUCAUCCUCGACGUCAAGAGCUUUCGUCGGUGUAACCCGGCGCUCGACACGUGGAGUGACGACGAGUCGAGCAAGACGAGCCAGAGCUUCGCGACGCCUCGUUCUUCGGCUGCACGAGCGAGUGUACCCUGUGCGCCCGUCACUGCCGAGCAAGCUCACCUGCUUCCGCCGUCGAUCCACGGUUACUCGCUGCGGGCCAAGCGGUGGGGAGAGUUCCUCGUCGACCGCCUCACGCCCAUCGUCUGGCGCGAGCACAGCUUCGAGCACCUCGUCAUCCCGUCGUCGUACCGCCGAGUCGUCAAGGCGCUCGUGUCCGUCCACUCUGGCGAGCUCAAGGGUCGACUCGUGACCGACGUCAUCGCCGACAAGGGCAACGGCCUCGUCAUGGCGCUACACGGCGCGCCCGGGACGGGCAAGACUUUGACAGCCGAGGCUGUCGCCGAGCACCUCCGACGACCGCUGUACGCGGUCAGCGCCGGCGAAUUGGGGCACAACGCCUCGAGCCUCGAGCAGCAGCUGCGGGUCAUCCUCGAGCUCGCGACCGCCUGGCAAGCCGUUUUGCUCAUCGACGAGGCCGACAUCUUCCUCGCCAAGCGAGACCCUCUGCAUCUGGAACGCAACGCGCUCGUCGGCAUCUUCCUUCGCAUGCUCGAAUACUUCUCUGGCGUUCUCAUCCUCACGACGAACCGGAUCGAGGAAUUCGACGAGGCCUUCAUGUCGCGCUUCGCGAUCGUCUUGCGCUUUGACGAGCUCGACAAGGCGGCGAGGCAGACCCUGUGGCAGCGGUUCCUGCGCAAAGUCGCCCCUCGACUCGACCUGGGCGCGUUCGACCUCGCGCGGCUCGCGAGCCACCCGCUCAACGGUCGUGAGAUCAAGCACGCUCUGCAGAGCGCCCAAGCGCUCGCGCUCAUCGACGAGCAGGUCCUGUCAAUGGAGCACAUAGACGAGGUGUUGAGUAUUCGGAGGACGUAGAGACCGCUGGAACGAGCUGGUCCCCCUUGUUCGCCCUC